GAGAGUCAGGCAGAUUCCAAAAAUGUCAAUUUCUGGAGUUUUAAUAAUUGUUAUCAUUUGUCUCAAAAAUCCAAGAGGGGUUGCCAACAAUGAAGAAAAUUGAUAUUAAAGUUUGUUUAUUUGGUUUGUAUUCUAAGGCCAUGGUACCAUAAUUUCUUGAUGUAAGGCGGCGUGAAAUCUAAUACAACUUAAAUGGGUUCCAUAUAUGUGCCUAAGAAUUUUGCCAUAAUUCAAAACAUUUCAUAGAUAACAUGUACAUUUAUUGAUUACACUGUAAUUAGGGGCCUAAUUGAUUGCAAAAUAUCAAAAUUCCGAUGUAAUCUGUUGUCAUGACAACCCAAUAAAUGUAACUGGUAACUGGCCAGAAUUAAUGUCUACCAUUGCGAAAAUAAUCUCAAUAUAAAAAAGGGUUUGGACGCCCCAUUUCAAAUUUUCAAUAAAUAUUUAGAAAAAAUGAUUGUUAAAAAAUGUAGAAUUAAAAUUUUAUGUUUGGGUUUUAAGGGAUUAUGAAAUACUUCUAAUUUUAGUGGAGGUGACUAGAUAAAUUUAGAUAAUUUAAUACAAAAAAUCCAAAAAUUUAAGUUAAAAUUAGUUUUCUGAGAUAUUAUAAUGCAUAAAUGGUUAGAAAAAUUAAAAUAAACAAAUACGUUGCUCAAUGUCUUCUAAAUUUCGUAUCAUAUGGUGGAAAACAGAGUUUAGAUUAAUUUCCCUUUGCUUCACCUCUGGUUAUCUCCCCUUUUAUUGCUCUCCCCAAAGGAGGUAGAAAAUUUGUACCAGUGGAGGGAAAUAAUGGCUUCUCCUGGCAGGAGCUCAGGCAGCCCUUCUACUAUCUGUGACUUUGCUAGGUCAUACAGACAUAGACCAUGUGAAGGUUUGACAGAGAGUAUUUCUUCCUUGACUGAUGAUAUAUUUCAACACUUAAAACGAUGUCAAGCAUCAACACGACAUCAGACAAGAAUCCCAGAAGGACUUCUGCUACUGUUUCGCAGUGGCAUAUUUGUUGUUUCAAAGGAUGUUCUUCAAUUAAAUGUAUGCAGAAGUCACAGGAAUAGUCUUUGUACUCACUGGUACAAAGACUCUCGGUGCUGUAUGCACCCUCUACAUCCACCAAAUCAUAGGGAGAAGCCAGACAGAGGAUUAACAUGCACGAUGGCUAAAGAAAUAUGGCUGCACGAGAGAGUUGUUGUGCCUGUUGGAGCUGGUAUAUGCAGAAGAUGUUCAGAAAGACACAAGACAACCUAUACCACAAAAGUAAACAUUGAAAGUGAUGUGGGAGAUUUUUUGAAGCUUGCUGCACAUUUACAAGCUAGUGAUGAUGAAAUUUUAAACAGUUUGCCAGAUACAUGUAUAUCAGAAGCAGAUGAAGUUACUGUUGGAGGUAAAUUCUUUUGCCAUAAACAGCUCUUAAUAAAGUAGAAUCAGCAGAAUUGUCUAAAUACAAAAUAUGAUGGAACAUGGUCUAGAGUCAUUGUUCAAAAUGUAUGAGGUGGUUCCAUGGUAGGCACCCCCCUUGAAUUAAAAAGUGCUUAUAUAUCCUCUCUUAUGAAGUUAGCCCUAUCUUUUUUAUUGCAUUGCUCAAUUAGGAAACUUUAUAAUCACACCACAUAUAAUUACAUCUUGUUUA